AUGAAUUCGAAUCCGGCGUUUAUUACGCUCUACCUGUUUCCUAUACUCCAAGAAGGCAAUAUGUUGCCAGUUAAACCGCUAUCAAAAGCGGCUAACUACAAACCUGCAGACGUGAACAUUUCUACCAUCCAGGAGUAUCUACCAGUCGCACGACCCGAGGCGGGGCAUCUGACAGGCAAGCUUCAGAAACGGAUAGAGUUGCAGGCUUUUGUCGUAGUCCGUCGAGUUAAGGCAAGCGCCAUUAGGUACAGGAUGUUGUGGGAAGAACAUUCUCCCAGCAUCAUUUCAGAAAAGCAGGAGAUGCUGAGGAUUAGAUAUGUUAAGUAUUAG